AUGGCUCCCCCUAAGCCGUCCUCGUCUCCAAUGCCGGUUAUGGACGCAUGGAUGAGGCUGAUAAUUCAGGCAGCAACACUAAUUAGUGUGAUUCAGGCAUGGGUCAUGUUCAUGCACCAGAGAGUUGUUCAUCAUGCUGGGAGACCUUUGAUCCGCUAUGGUCCAUUGUUUAUCCGAGAACAGGAGAGGAUCCAAAAUCUGAACUACAUCUACAACUGCAAUGACGUUGAGGCUCUAUGGAUGCUUCGAAUGAAAAGAGCACCAUUUGCUAGGCUUGUCGAGUCCUUCAGGAUCAAGGGGCUGCUACAAGAUAACAUCAACACUAGUGUGGAAGAGCAAGUGGCCAUGUUCCUCCAUGUUGUUGGCCAUAACCAGAGGUUCAAGGUCAUUCAGAACACGUUCAGGAGAUCAAUGGAGACCAUAUCUAGGUACUUCAAGCAGGAUUGCAUUGGGGCAAUAGAUGGUACUCAUGUCACUACUAGAGUUCCUAGGUCACAGUCUGCAGCAUACAGGGGGAGGAAGCACUACACAAGCCAGAAUGUGCUUGCUGCUGUUGACUUUGAUCUGAAGUUCACAUAUGUGCUGGCUAGCUGGGAGGGGUCAGCGCAUGAUGCUAACAUUCUCAGUGACAGCAUGAUUCGACCUGAUGGGAUCAACAUCCCCGACGGCAAGUUCUACCUUGGAGAUGCUGGCUAUGCAUGUCGGCCGGGUAUUCUUUCACCCUUCAGGAAAACCAGGUACCAUCUCAAUGAGUUCUCUGGUAGGAACUAUCCUAGGACUGCACAGGAGCUGUAUAAUCUCAGACACUCCAGCCUUAGAGUAACUGUUGAGAGGGCAUUUGGAGCUCUGAAGAAUAGGUUUAAGAUCCUGGAUCAUAAGCCAUUCCACCCAUACCCCACUCAGGUUAAGCUUGUUCUUGCUUGUUGCAUUCUGCAUAACUGGAUCCUCCAGUGGGGCUUUGAUGAACAAGUGCCUAAGGAGGAAGAGGUCGAGCUUGAUGAUGUUGUUAGCCCCGGCCAUGGUGUGGAGGCAUUUGACAAUGACGCUUGGAAGAACAAAAGGUUGGAGUGGGCAGAGGCAAUGUGGCUUAACAGAGGUCGGUGCAGGAUUUAA